UAUGCAGAGCAGUCUCCUUGAUCACAUGGUCAAAAGGCAAACCAAAUUCACCGAGGAUGAAGUUCGAAGCAUCUCCUUUCAGAUGUUUCAUGGCCUGGAUUAUAUGCACAGAAAUGGCUAUUUCCACCGUGAUUUGAAGCCCGCUAAUGUCUUGGUUAACGAUGGUUCCCAUGUGGUCAAGAUUGCAGAUUUGGGUUCUGCUAUGGAGAUCGAUUCACCCCCUCCCUAUACAGACUACGUCACCACUCGCCCUUAUCGAGCUCCUGAGGUGUUGCUUCAGUCAGGCCUCUACGGUCCUAAGGUCGAUAUGUGGGCAAUGGGCGCCAUCAUCGCAGAGCUGUUUUCAUUUCGGACUCUGUUUCCCGGUCAAAGUGCUGAUGAUCAGAUGUUCAAGAUUUGCAGCGUCAUUGGCAGCCCAACUUGGGAUACAUGGCCAGAGGGACAUAUUCUUGCCCAAAACUUGAACUAUGAGUUUCCACAAUUUCGCAGUGUUGGUCUAUCUGUGAUGGUUCCUUCCGCAAGCAGAUCUACCAUCUAGCUGAUUUCUUCCCUUUGUUCUUGGGACCCUUCCGCAAGGCCUACUGCUGCUGAAGCACUCGAGCAUCCCUUCUUCGUUGGCAACCACAAGAUUUCACGUGUCAUCCCUUUGAGACAAAGCAAUAUUCUGCUUGCAUCCAGUUCUCAUAUUUUCGUGUAGAUUUGACAAGACUAAUGGUAGUUAAUUGCUAUCGAUUCAUUAGCUUUCAAAAGCUACACAUGUUGUUUUAACGACUAGUUUA